AUGCGCACAUGCAGGUGGGGCAGCGGCGCCAGCGUGGCGGCCGACCACAAGCGGCGUCACCGGCUGGACGCCAGGUGGGUGCGCCGCGAGGGCGAUGACUACCCCAGCGUGCAGGCGGCGCUGCAGGACGACUCAGUGCGGGUGUACAGCGGCGCCGCGGCGGCCGCGGCCGCGGGCGACCUGUUUUGCGAUCACAUCCUUGUGUGGGACAUCCUAGCCCUUCCCCCGGACGCGGCGGACGCGCCGGCGCCUGCGAUGCGCACGAGCAGCGGCGGCGGCGGCGGCGCCGGCGCGCACGCCGGAAGCAGCGCCAGCGGCGCAGCGCCGGCGCCGGCGCCGGCGGCGCACCCGGCGCUUCACGAGGCGCUUGUGCGGAUUGCUGCCUCAAAACGGCAGGGUCUGUCUGCCCUUGAGCUGACGCCGCUUGAGCCGCACGGCCCUGCGCUGCCGGCCGGCGACGGGGACGACGACGGCAGCUUUGAUCAUGCUGACGAGGCGACGCCUGCGUAUUACUCGGCCAUGGCGCCGGAGGACGGGCCCAGGGCGGCCGCUGCCGGCGGCGGGCGCGGCGGCGACGCCGGCUGGGCAGAAGAUGAGGACGGGGAGGGCGGGGGCGCGGCGCCGCACUUCGAGAUCAAGCAGCGGCGCACCGCGGGGCCGGGGGCGGCCAGCGGGGCGCGGCGGCGGUACCACUGCGCCCCGGCGAGCGGGCGCGGCGCGCUGGGGCUGCUGCGGCGGUACGAGCUUGGCGCGGUGCUGGCGAAGGCGGUCGUGCGGGGGCUGGGGACGGCGGACCUCAAUUUCCCAAUCAAGAUCUGCAGCGCGGAGCGGUCCGUGGUGACCUUCGCACCGCGUCCGCCCGCGCCGCUACUAGUCAUAGGACGCAGCGGGACAGGCGAGCCGGCCCGCGCGACGACCCCAGGGCCCCAGGGGCUGCGGCCGCGGGCGCGCAAGACGACCUGCCUGGUCCUGAGGAUGUUUGAGCAGUGGCGCGACGCCCGAGAGGCUUCCGCCGCGGACCCGUCCCUGGCCCCGCCGCGCCAGCUGUUUGUCACGGCCAGCUCCACCCUCAAAAACCAGGUGCGGCGCAGCUUCCGCCGCCUGCAGGCCGCCGAGCUGUCCGCGGCCGAGCGCCAAGAGCAGGCGGUUGCUCUGGCGGCGCUCCAUGGCGGCGGUGGCGGCGGCAGCGGCGAGGGCGGCGAUGGCGCCCCAGACUCUUUGCUGGGCGUGCCUGACGCGGCGUGGCCGCUGUUCCUCACUGGCAGCCAGCUGCUGCGCCUGCUGGAUGCGGCGCUGCCAGGGUCGUUCCUGCGCCCGGAGGACAGCUUCGAUGGCGAUGAGGGGCGAAUCAAGGACCUGCAGCAGAAGCUGGAGCAGCUCGAGGAGGCCGAGGAGGAGGAAGAAGAGGCAGAGGCGGAGGCGGAGCGGCGGGCGGCCGCGCUGUCGAGUAGCAAGGGCGGCAAGAAGGAUGUGUCCAUCGCGGCCGCCGCCGGCAAGAGUGGCGUGGUCCGCUCGGGCAGCGGCGGCGGCGGCAGCGGGCGCGGCGCCAAGCGCAAGGAGGUCGCCGCGCGGCGCAUGCUGACGCACUCUGAGUUCCUGGCUCGCUGGCAGAGCAUGGCUCAGGCGGCUGGCAUUGACCGCGACCGAGUGGACGGGGCCCUGGUGUUCCAGGAGAUCAUGACGCAUCUCAAGGGCUCUGCCGAGGCGGUGUGCAGCGCCAGCGGGUGCCUGGACCUGGAGGCAUACCUGGCCCUGGGGGGCAAGAGGGCGUCAACAUUCAGCCGCGACUUGCGAGUGGUGGUGCAUCGGAUCCUGGAGCCGUACACCGCAAUGAUGCGAGAGCACAGGCGGUAA